UGCAGCACAAGGGCUGAUACCUAAAUUUGCCCGUCUCUCCUGGCUGUUUGCCUUGGCCUGACUUUCCUUUGCCCCGGGCGCUGUCCACCACGGGUCCAGAGACAUGCAAGCCAUCAAGUGUGUCGUGGUGGGAGAUGGAGCUGUGGGGAAAACCUGUCUCCUUAUCAGCUACACCACCAAUGCCUUCCCAGGAGAAUACAUCCCCACUGUGUUCGAUAACUAUUCCGCCAACGUGAUGGUUGACAGCAAGCCUGUAAAUCUUGGGCUAUGGGAUACUGCUGGACAAGAAGACUAUGACAGGCUGAGGCCGCUCUCUUACCCGCAGACGGAUGUCUUCCUGAUCUGCUUCUCCCUUGUCAGCCCGGCAUCUUAUGAAAAUGUCCGUGCUAAGUGGUUCCCCGAGGUGCGGCACCACUGCCCUAGCACUCCCAUCAUCCUUGUGGGCACAAAGCUGGAUCUUCGUGAUGACAAGGACACCAUUGAGAAGCUGAAGGAGAAGAAGCUAUCCCCCAUUACAUAUCCUCAGGGCCUUGCUCUGGCCAAGGAAAUCGACUCCGUGAAAUACCUCGAAUGCUCAGCUUUGACACAGCGUGGCCUCAAGACAGUGUUUGACGAGGCCAUCCGAGCAGUCCUCUGUCCACAGCCCACCCGGACAAAGAAACGUGUAUGCAGCCUCCUCUAAGCGAAUCCCGGCCCUGUCCUGAUGCCAGGCUCUGCCCAGCAUGCAGGAGAGUGAUGGCUCCAGCAUCCCAGAGCUCAGUACCGUGUGGCCGUCACUGCGCUUUUUUCUUCUGCUGGCUUGAAAGACUGUGGUGGGUCUGUAGCA